AUUUCCAGGAACUUUCCAGGAAUACCGUCACGUGGUGCAGAGAGCCGCGAUUUAAGUCCCGCCAUCUACCGGGCAGCGGCCAGUGUUACAGCAUGGCGCCGACAGGGGGCAGCACCGGCUUUAACCAACACUGACAGAAGCACAGAAGAAGAACUACAGCGCGGGUUGUUUGACUGUUUGCUAACUGCUACGGAACAUUUAGCGGCUCUUAACCGACUCGGUCUCUUAGUGAAGUGCUCAUGGAGUCCACAGAGAGCAGGUACGCUCACCUGCUGCAGCCCAUUCGAGAACUCACCAAGAACUGGGAGAUCGAUGUGGCUUCAGAGUUAAACGACUAUUUAGAAGAGUUGGAUGAAAUGUGCAUCACAUUUGAUGGAGGAGAAAUUAGACUGAACUUUGCAGAAGCAGCACUGCUGAUCCAGGGCUCAGCCUGCAUCUACAGCAAGAAGGUGGAGCUGCUGCACAGUCUCGUUUACCAAACUCUGGAGUACAUCAAUGACAGAAACAAGAAACGUAACAAACAGGCAGCAGAGUCUCAGGAGGGCGACGCAGACACUGAGGAUGUGGCCGCGUUCACUUCCCUGGACAUCGACGUCUCAGAUAACUCACAGAGAGGUGACUCCAACACGACUAUGAAUGUGGCUCCUCUUCCUCCCGAGUCUCUGAUUCCUCCUGAAACCCACGAGAAGCACAAACUUCCUCUCAUCAGCUUGAAGGGUGAGGUCCUGUGCAGUCAGAAGGACUUCAGGAUCAACCUGUUCCUCCCAGGAGACGAGGAUCUGAUCCUCCUCACGCUCAGAUCAGGGUCCAGGUUUCUACAGGACAGUGAGUCUCUGCAGCAGCAGGAAGGUGCUGCGGCUCUGGUCACAGGUGAGGCUGCAGCAGGUGCGGCUGAUGUGGGAGAUGAUGGAGGUGACGCUGCAGACAACUUCCUGCCGUUAGACGACAACAACAUGGAGCUGGACCAGGAGCCAGAGGAGCACAUCGACAGACAGCAGGCUCCAGGUGAAGGCCGGAUGAUUCGAGAGAGACGACAGGUGGAAACUGACAAGUGGAGGAGGGAGGAGGAGGCGCCGCCUGCUAUGAACCUGUGGACGUUUCAUGACCCGUACUCUGUCGUCGGGGAGGACAAACCGUUUAAAUCAGGGAAAUGUUACAAGGUUCCUGACGGUCUGGACGACGGAGGGAAGAGGAAAAGGAAACGACCGUCGUCACUUGAGGACUUCAGGAGCUGGUUCAGAGGAACCUAUGAUCCUCCUGAACACAAGCUGAAGAAUGGACCCACAUUUACAGACCUGAACUACAUUUACCUGAGCACGAUGAAAGACAAACUGAAGACCAGGAAGAGGAUCUUCAGGAAAGCAGGCGUGGUGGUUUCUGAUGACGAGCUGAGGAGAACCUUCCUGCAGCUGGAGGAGGGGCCACAGCAGCAGGGGGAGGAGCCUGUGGAAGGAUUCAGACACCCCGACCUGCUGGGUGGAGAUGACGUCAACUCAGACAACGAAUAUGAAGCAUUUCCUGAUGAUGUUCCAGCUGAGUUUGGACCAGACGUCAUAUCACCAGAAGCUCCGAGAGACGAGCUGAGUUAUGAAGAUCUGGUGAAGCUGCGUGUGGAGCAGCUGGUGGUGAACUGUCAGGGUUACACUCAGGAAACUGCUCUGUCCCGUCGGGUUAAAGACUGGGAGGACAUGAUCCGACCUCAGCUGGUUCUGCAGGAGGAGCGUCUGGCGUUCGACAUCCACGACUACGGAGACCGGAUCGUCGGAGCGUUGAAUGGCGUCGGUCAGCGCAGACCGUUCUCCUCUAUCGUUCACGGUCUGGACAACUUCGAAGCCUGUAAAUAUCUGCUGGCUUCACUGCAGCUGGCCAACGACUACACGGUGGAGAUCGACAGUGCCGAGGGUCUGGAGGAGAGUCUGGAGGAGAGUCUGGACUCCAUGGGACUGACCCUGCUCAGCACUCACAGAGCCACAGACAGAUUCAAGACCAUGACGGCUUUGACCUGAAACAGCUGAGUUCACACUGAUGCUCACACACAUUGAGCUUCACUCUGUUCCUGUCUGCUCCUCUUCUCCUCGACUCCUCCUCUACUGCAUCAUGUGUUGAAUCUCAUAUGAGACUGUAAAUGUCCCUCUCUCUGGGAAAUGUAUGAAUAUUUGUAAUAAAUA